CCCGUCGCGAGCACGCACCACCCAGACUACCCCAUGCCCAUUCGCAACCUCCCCUCGCAUAUCUUCAAGCCGAUCGCCAAUCUUGAGCGCGUCCGGCCCCCGCAAGCCAUCAACAACCAGCCACACCUGAACCUACUGUAUUUUCAGCCGUUCAUCCCGUCGCCGAUCGCGCGCGAUCUGUUCAAGUUCCUCCGGAAUGAGCUCCCCUUCUAUCGCGUGCAGUACACCAUCCGCCGCGGCCCAACGGAGACACUCAUUAACACGCCGCGUUACACGACCGUCUUCGGCGUGGACGAGACAAGCAUUUUCAUCCCGGGUUCGCAGGAUAUCGCGACGACCAAUCCGAGACCUAUUGGCGACGACAACGCCUCGUCCGAGUCGACUCAAACCCAGACUUCCACACCCACCCUCGUAGAGUCCCGCACCCGCGCCCCGCCAAUCACUCUCAAAGACAAAACCAAGUACAACCAUCCCCCGCGCCCCAUCCCGCCGUGUCUCGAUGUCCUCCGCCAGGCCGUCGAGGCCGCGACCGCCGACGGAACACAUUACAACUUCUGCCUGGUGAACUACUACGCCACGGGCGAUGACAGCAUCUCAUACCACUCGGACGAUGAGCGGUUCUUGGGGCCGAACCCCACGAUCGCGUCCAUCUCGCUCGGUGGGCAGCGGGACUUCAUGCUCAAGCAUAAACCCGUGGCCGGGAGCGAUGUUGACGCAGGGAAGCCGCUCAAAUUCCCACUCAACUCCGGGGACAUGAUCGUCAUGAGAGGUGAGACACAGGCCAACUGGUUGCAUAGUAUUCCAAAGCGAAAAGGGGCGCAGGGGAGCCAGGGGAGAAUCAACAUCACGUUCCGGAAGGCGGUAGUACCGGGUGGUACAAAUAAUUAUUAUAGGUAUAAUGUGGGCGACGGGGCAGUUUAUCGAUGGGAUGAGUUGAGCAAUCGGAUGGUUGCUGUCAAGAAAGAGAAAGAAACGGAAGGAGAAAAAGAGUCGCAAAAGGUAAACGAAGUAAAGGUUGAGGAAUGAGGCAAGGCGACGGAGGUACCCCGUACCUGGGUGGCAACACUUGCACAAUAUUAGGACCGCGAGAAUGGGUUCUUAUAGUUCCGGAACUGUUCCAGUGAUACUGCGCCCUCGAGAAUAUGCUGCAGGAGGGUUCCGUAAUCCCAUCCGAUAGCAGCGGCAGCGAGGGCACAGAGACUGGCUUGAUCUUCACGGCCAGGACGGCCAGGGCCAGUCA